CAUAAACAGCUGUGUAAACACUACUCAACAUUGAUUCGCUAUCCGAUGAUUGAGCAUCGAUAGCAUUAAAUUGAUUUUUUUCUGAGUUUAAACUUCGCGGAUCACGCCUGGCAGUGAAUACAAUUACACACAUUGACCAAAUCAGAAUAGCCAAAUAUAUUCCAAAUUGUUACGUAACCAACCAAAUACACAAACGAAAUUGAUACUAUUGAGAAUAAGAUGAGAAGGCCUUAUAUCUUUGCUGAGGAAAUAUUCCUGUAAUAUUCUUGUUCCGUGUAAUUUUGCACCUCCCGGAAAAUUCGUAUAGUUUAUCACCUACCUCUGUGUACAUACUAUAUGGUUUAAGAAGUUGAAGAGGUUAGACUAUGAAUAUAAUUACAGUCUAUAGUCUAUACUUUAUUUACUAAGUCUCCAUUUCUCAUGUAAACAAUCUAAAACUCCACGCUAUCUGAAAACGUGUGAAAGGGAAAUAUAAACACCGAUUUCUCAAAAAUAAAUAAUAAUUAUAAUUUAAUAUGGUUAAAAAAUCAGAACCUGAUUCAAGUAGUUCUGAAGAUGAAAUAUGUAUGGAAGCUAUAAAAGAAGCGGCUGAUCAAGAUCUGUUGACAAAUUUAUUAUUACAGUCUGAAGGUAAAAAGAAUAAUAUUGUGAAUCCGGUACAUACACCAAAUGAGGUUGAUGUAAAUAACGAUCAGUUUUCAACUUAUGGACUUACACAAUCAUGUCGCGAUUUCAUAGCCAAAAAAUUAGUUGAGAAGCUGAACGUAGAUAUUGUUUUAAAGGAUGCAAUCAAGUUAAAUAACAUUAAGGAGAAUAUUUCACGAAAACCAUCAGGAAUAAAACUUUUUAAUUGUUCUAAUACAAUAUUAACAGAAAUAUUUGAUGACGAUAAACAAAACAAAAUAGACAGAAAAAAUGUAUCAAAGGCAUUUGAUGAAAAAACAAAUUUAUCAAGAUGUAAAGAAGUUGCUAUAGAUUCACAAGCUAUACUAUCUCAAGAUGAUCUAAAAUUUUGGGUCAAUAGAAAACAUAGCCAAGAGUUCAAAUAUAAAAAAUUGAAAAGUGGAACAUUGUUGCAAAUUGAGUAACUAAUUUACGGCCAGAAUUAAAGAUAAUACAUGACUGUGAUAUAUUUUGUACAAUCAUUAAUUAAAUCUCAAAUAAA